UUCAGGUAUUAAAGCCGUCAAGGAUCGCUUUGAAAUAAUACCUCUGUGUCUUGGAGAGUUUAUCGUACAUCUUCUGACCUAUCUUGCCUGCAAUGCACUUCUCUAAGGUUGCCCUCCUUUCCGCGCCUCUGAUGGCCAUGGCUAGCCCUGUCGCCUUGGAAACAAGACAGGACAACACUUGCUGCUAUCAAACCGAGGAUGUGAACGCCCUCGUCUUUGUGACCAAAGGCCAGUCAUCUCAGACUCUUGAUACGCUUAACUGGUGUUAUCUCCAGGUUGACCGUGACGCGACUGAUCCAGACAACUGCGAGAAGGCGACGCGAUCGUACUGGGCUGGGUACUGUCCCUCGGAUGGCACAAAGGUUAUCCCGUGCCCCUAG